AUCAUCAUUAUCCAAGGACAUUGUUGUUUUGAUUUUCUCAUUUCGUAUUUGCUGUUGUGGUUGUAGUAAUUGUUAUUCUGAUUAGAUAAUGAUUGAACUUUUUAAAAAUAUAAAGUUAGCCAUCGGUGUCAUAUCGACAAUUGCCAUCGUACUGUCAGCAUUUCGUUUCGAAAUUCUUGAUACGAAUGAUGAUGAUUAUUUUGUUACACCGGCAACAUCGACAAAUGGAAAUCGUAUGGUUACUAUAGAUAAAAAAAUAUUGGAUGCAAUGUCAAAAUUUGAUCAUAAUCUUCGUCAUUUACAAUUAAAAGGAAAAGAAACAUCAUCGUCACGUCAUAAUGAUUGUUCGAGAUUAUUAUCCGAUUUUUAUGAUGCUAUUAAUUCAGCGAAAAAAAUUAAUGAAGAAUUUCGUAAAUUGCUUUCAUCAUAUAAACAACAACAACAACAAUCAUCAAUGAUGAUGAUGGAUGAUGAUAAAUCAAAACGAUCAUCAUCAUCAUUGAUAAAACAAAAACAAGAACGACGGGGAUUAAGAAAAAAUUCCAAAACAAUUUCCUAUUCAAUACAAUUUGGAUCGAAAAUUUAUGUUAUGAGUUUUUAUUGGCCACGUUUGAUUGAAGCAUUUUUCGGUACCGAUAUUGAUUAAAUGGAAAAUUGGAUGGCAUGAUCGAUUGGCAGCAAUCAGGAAACAAACAAAAAAGUAUUCACUUUUUAAAUCUAGUCAUUGUUCUUAAAAUAAAUCAAUU